AUGGUGACCUGCCAGGUAUGGCUUUGCUUCUAUAUUAUUUUGGUACAAUGUUCUUGUUUUUUUAAAGGCCCCCUUGAGGAUGCUGUUGAGGAUGAAGAAGAAGAGUGCCUAUCUGAGGAAAAUGACAUUAUCUCCAAAGAAGACUUUCCCCUGGAGGGCAACUUUUCUGCAGAAUUUGAGUCUGGGAAUCUGAGCUGUGAAGAAGUGGAAUACUUUUGUAAUAAAGGUGAUGAAGAGGGCAGCCAAGAAGCAGCAGAUUCUGAUGGAGAGGCACGGUUGGAUAAACCAGGACCACUUACGCUUGAGACAGAAGACUGGGAUGGACCAGGGGAAUUGGAGAUGUUCCAGAGGGAUGGGGAACGCAAGAUCCAGAGUCGACAGCAACUUCCGGUUGGAACAACAUGGGGGCCCUUUGCUGGGAAAAUGGACUUGAAUAACAACACACUGAAGGCAAAGGCUCCAGUCGCCAUGGUGGUGACUGCUGGCCCCAAAUGGUUGCUGGAUAUGACUUGGCAAGGAAUGGAAGACAACAAAAACAACUGCAUUGUGUACAGCAAAGGAGGCCAGCUUUGGUGCACAACCACCAAAGUUAUUGCGGAGGGUGAAGAGCUAAUUGCCUUUGUUGUGGAUUUUGACUCAAGGCUGCAAGCUGCCAGUCAGAUGAGCCUUACGGAUGGGAUGUAUCCUGCCCGACUGCUGGAUUCAAUACAACUCCUCCCUCAACAAGCUGCGAUGGCCUCCAUUUUGCCAACAGCUAUUGUGAACAAGGAUAUAUUCCCUUGCAAAUCUUGUGGCAUCUGGUACCGAAGUGAAAGAAAUCUGCAAGCUCAUCUCAUGUACUACUGCAGUGGGAGGCAAAGAGAAGGUGCGCAAUUAUCAGAAGAGAAUGAUGAAAGUAUUCCACAGAUACCUAGCUUCUGCCCUUUUCCACAGUGCACCAAAAGCUUUUCUAAUGCAAGAGCUCUGGAAAAUCAUCUAAACUCUCACAGUGGAGUAAAAAUGGAAGAAUUUCUUCCCUCUGGCUCUAGCCUGAAAUGUACUGUUUGUAACUAUACUGCAGAUUCCGUUAUUAAUUUCCAUCAACACCUAUUCUCACAUCUCACUCAAGCUUCCUUCAGAUGCACACACUGCCAUUUUGGCUUCCAGACUCAGAGGGAACUGCUACAGCACCAAGAUCUCCACAUUUCUGGCAACAAACUGCAGAGAGAAAGUGAUGCUGAGCACUCUCCCAGUGCCAGUGAAGAGACUCUCCAGGCCACGGAUAGUUCCCAAAGCCAAAAGACAGUGCAGACAAAGGAUGUGAGUUCUGACACUGAGCUUGAUAAAUGUGAGAAGAAGACUCCUCUUUUCCUUCCAAAUCAGAGGCCAGAAACACAGAGCACUCCACAUAAGCAAAGUUUCUCAUACACCAAAAUAAAAUCUGAGCCAUCUAGCCCAAGGCUUGCCUCAUCUCCAGUCCAACCUAAUCUUGGCCCUUCAUUCCCUAUGGGUCCUUUUCUUUCUCAGUUUGCUUUUCCCCAGGACAUCACAGUGGUUCCUCAGGCUUCCGAGAUCUUAGCCAAAAUGUCUGAGCUGGUUCAUCGAAGACUGAGGCAUGGAAGUAAUAGUUACCCCCCCGUCAUUUACAGUCCACUGAUGCCAAAAGGAGCUACUUGUUUUGAGUGUAACAUCACGUUCAAUAAUCUAGAUAACUAUUUAGUACACAAGAAACAUUACUGCAGCAGUCGAUGGCAACAAAUGGCAAAGUCACCAGAUUUUGGCAAUGUUUCAGAAAAAAUGCCUGAGGCUGUGAGUCCUAGCAAUGGGCAAAAUGCAAUCAACAUUUUGAGUACAACUUCUCACACUUCAGAUCCUGAGAAUCAACUUCUUCAGGCAUCUUGCAUCAAUUCUUCUACUGUCCUAGAUAUUAUUGGGCCAAAUAGUAAGGGUCAUGAGAAAGACUUUUCAUCACAAGUGAAGAAGCUAUCAAAUACUGCCAACAGUGAUGAUAAAAUGAAUGGGAAACCUUCUGAUGGCAAGAACCCAACUUCUACAUCUUUAAUUGAAGGAGAAAGUGAUCCCAACAAAACUACAUGUGAAGCCUGCAAUAUUACUUUCAGUAGGCAUGAAACAUACAUGGUCCAUAAGCAGUAUUACUGUGCCACUCGCCAUGAUCCUCCACUUAAAAGAUCAGCUUCAAAUAAAGUGCCCGCCAUGCAGAGAACAAUGCGUACACGCAAGCGAAGGAAGAUGUAUGAGAUGUGUCUACCAGAGCAAGAGCAAAGGCCACAACUGGUCCAGCAACGCUUUCUUGAAGUAACUAAUCUUGUCAACCCUUGUACAUCUUCUCAAGAACCAACAGAUAGCCUUGGAGAGUGCUACCACCCACGCUGUGAUAUCUUUCCAGGAAUAGUUUCCAAACAUUUAGAAACAUCACUGUCUAUUCAUAAAUGUACCCCAACCUCAAAAUGUGACACACAACAUUCCACAGUUUCCUGCUUGGAGAUGGACGUCCCUAUUGAUCUCAGCAAAAAAUGUUUGCCCCAGUCUGACAGGACAUCCACUUCCCCCAAAAGAUUGCUGGACUACCAUGAAUGCACUGUAUGCAAGAUCAGUUUUAACAAGGUAGAGAAUUACUUGGCACAUAAGCAGAAUUUUUGUCCCGUCACUGUGCAUCAACGAAACGAAAUGGGACAUCUUGACAGCAAAGUAUUUCAAAAUCCAGAAAGUGAACGGAACAGCCCUGAGGUCAGUUAUGACCGAAAUAUCAUCAAAUGUGAGAAAAAUGGAAACUCAAAACAGGCUUCUCCCAACGGAAACUUGUUUUCUACGCACUUAGCAACUCUUCAAGGACUUAAGGUCUUUAAUGAAGCCACCCAACUCAUUGCUACAAAAGAAGAAAACAAACAUUUUCUUCCACAAUGCCUUUACCCAGGAGCAAUAAAGAAAGCUAAAGGAGCAGACCAGCUUUCUCCGUAUUAUGGAAUAAAGCCAACUGAUUAUAUUUCUAGUUCUCUUGCUGUUCAUCACAAUGAUGGAGAUCAAAGUACAAAUGCAGAAGGUGAUUCGCUGAAGGGCCAAACGCCAUCAAAUGGGUGUCCUGUUCAGAAGAAAGAAUCUCUGCCACUAUUGCCAAAAAACAGAGGCAUGGUUAUAGUUAACGGUGGACUAAAGCAAGAGGAAAGGCCUGCAGGAAACCCACAGCAAGAGAACAUUUCCCAGAAUCCCCAGCAGCAUGAAGAUGGACACAAAUCACCAUCUUGGGCCUCGGAUAAUAAUUUAGCUGCCAAUGAAAAUGUCUCCCCAACCAUUCCUGCAGCGGAAGAACAAUUAUCUAGUAUAGCAAAAGGAGUGAAUGGUUCUACUCAGGCCCCCACUAGUGGAAAAUACUGCCGGCUGUGUGAUAUCCAGUUCAACAACCUAUCAAACUUUAUAACUCAUAAGAAGUUUUAUUGCUCGUCACAUGCAGCAGAACAUGUCAAAUGAAAAUUGCUGGCCCCCGUUUGGUAUCUGUGUUUAGUAUAUUGUUCCAUACAAGUCGGAAAGAGAGCUGUUUGUAUUACUUCUGGACAAUCAGGAGUUAGUUCAUUAUUGCUGAGUUGAAGACUUUAAAGAUGUACUUCCAUUACAGUUCAUUAGUCACGUGUAUUCUUGGUGCCAUUUUCAAAACAAUUUAUUUAUUUUACCAGCAGUAUUCAUAGCUGUAGUUAUUUUUAAUUUAAAGAAGAAAAACUUUAUAUUAAAGUCAUUUGUAAUGUUAUUGUAUAGUUAUUGUGUAGCACAUAUGGUUUGCACUGUAUAGUAGAUUUUAAAGAAAAUAGUCACAAACUCUACAAAAAGGCAUUUUAGAAAUAGCUUCAAAAGCACCUGUGUAUCCUAUUUUUCCUUAUAUGCUAUUGCAGAUAUGUGUAGAUGCUAAAAUAUAAUUUGCAAAACGUUUCAACUAUGCUGUAAAGGUCGCCUUAAAAUUUCAAUUUUUUAAAGAAUUUGGCUCAGUUUGCACUUUAUAUUUUAGCAGAUACAGUACCUUAGUCACUAGGCUUUGCAUUUGUAUGUAGCGGUAUGUUUCUGUCUACUUUCUUACCCUGAAACGUCUGUUAAAAUGAAGAUGGCAUUUUUUUUCCCUUGUAUAGUACUUGUAUUUUCUUUCGCUGAUGCAUCUCUGUCUCAAUUUUUAAACCUUUGCUGUUAAAUGCAAUACUUUAUAAAGAAUGAACAAAAAUUACUGGAAGCAGUAUUGUAAGUAAUGAGGUCAUAUCUAUCCAUUUUAUCUUUUGAAAGGCACAGUCAAAAUGAAUUUCUUAGCUCAAUGCUGCAAGUAUGAAUCUAAUUCAUUUAUAAGAUAUAUUUAAAUAUAACAGUAGCAAUACUGCAACUGGUGAUCACAGAGAUAAUGUUCUACUUCUGAUAGAAAUAAUUUCUCAACAAAUGUUGUUACUAUGCAUGUAUAUGGAUGGAAUAAAAUUCCAGAUCAUCGGACUGGUCAGGCAGUAAUUUAUUCAUUUGAAAAAGCUUAUCAAGCUCAAUAAAGUAAGUGGCUGGUUGUGGGAUAAUCUAAUAUUGUAUGCUCUGCAGUUAAUAUAAGUGUCCUAAUAAAUGCCAUGCAAGAAUGGGAACCCACAGUCUGAAGCUGUUGGAGCAAGGAGUUUUUUGCCCUGUUGCUCGUGCCCCGUCACACGUUCCUCCCAUUCCUCAAUGGAUAAUUGCUGUGUCUUACUGACUUGACUUCCAGUUUCAACCCUGCUUCUAGAAGGCAGAUAUAAAAUGGACACCACUAUACACUGGGUUCUCCAUUGACUUUUCGAGCAUAUCACUGUAAACCAAUAUAAUAGGUCUGUUUUACUGACUGGCUAAAAACAACUCAUGCAAAACCGAACACAG